AUGGAGGCUCCCGAGGAGUGGUGCGCCGCCGCCGCGGCCCGCGCCCACGCGGGCGCCGCGGGCUCCACCGAGGCCACGUGCGCCCGCGCCGCGGCCAGCGCCCCCUCGCCUUCCGCGGAGGAGCUGCGCCGGGCGCUCGCCAGGGCGGUCGCGGAGGCCUUCCAGAGCCUCCACCGCGCGCAGGACAUCAUCGAGCGGGAGUUGCCCGGCGUGCUGGCGUCGGCGCUCCACGCGCGCGGCGCGCCCGAGCCCUGCGGCAGCGGCGCCGCCAGUCCCGAAGAGUUGGCGGCCGCCCGCGCGCAUGCGUGCCACGAGGCGCCCAGCGUGGUGCCCGAGCGCUGCGAGGGGCACGGCGCGCGGCAGGGCGCCCAGGGCGCAGCCAGACCCUGCUGCAGCAGCGCCAGCCUCGAACCCGUGCGGCGGCAGCUCGCGCCGUGCGCCCUCGCGCAAGAGAUGCCCGGCUUGGUGCCCGAGUGCGGCGAGGCGCCCGGCGCGCCGCCAGGCGCCGCCUGGUCGCCGGGCGCUGCCGAGAGCACCGGGGGCGGCUCUGCCCGCAUCGACGACCACGGCCAGGCAGCGGAGGGGCCGAUGAGGUGGGCUCUGCAGAAGUGGCGCGCCUCCGAAGUAGCUUCGGACGACGCGCUCGAGGCUGAACCGUCGCCAGAUGGAGGCGAGCAUCCCGCCCCUGACCGCAGGCUCAGCUUGCACAGCAGCUCGUCGAAGAGUAGUUUUCCGAACCAGCCGCUGCCGCUCACAUCGGACAGCAUCGCUCUACACCAACGCGUGUUGCAGUUCAAGGUAUUGGGGAAAGAGCACAGCCAGGCAAUCCUGGAGCAGUGGAAGCACCUCGUCAAGUCUCUGCAGGAGAUCAGUGUUUCCGAGAUUUCCCAAAUUCACAGCGCGUGGACAGAAGCCAAGACUCUCGGUAUCGUGUUAUUUGCUCCUCAAAAGCCAGCUAAGGGAUCGGGAUCGGCAGCGAAGCUGUUUCACAGCACCACUGGUACCCUUCAAGAUUUUGACGGCAAGAUACGGCAUAGUGGUACGAACCAAGGGGAAAAAAUCAGGAGAGUUGCCAGCACGAUUCUGAUCUAUGUCUGUCACCCUUUUACCAAGCAGCGAAUCGCCUGGGACUUUAUAGGCAUGGCGCUCUGUUUACAUGACGUGACGAUGUUUCCUGCGGAAGUGUUUGAGUUGCCAGAAGAGUACCUGAACUUCCGGUUCUACUACGAGUUCUUGGCCUGCGUGUUCUGGACCAUGGACAUACCCAUCAACUUCAGCACUGGGUACAUAUCCAUGGAGGGCCUCCUCGAGAUGCGGAAGGGCAAGGUGAUUUCGCACUACGCGCGCACGUGGGCCACGCCGGACGUGGUCGUCACGCUCCUCGACUGGAUCUGCCUGCUCGCCAGCGUCAACAACUCCGGCAUCCUCCGCCUCGGGAAGGCCGCCUCCCGCACGAUGCGCUCGCUGCGGCUCCUCCGGCUGCCGAGACUCAGCGCCUCCCUGAACGAGGUAGUCGGGGCUGUCAGCUCCGAGGCCGUGAUCACACUGGCAGGAGUUGCCAAGCUGCUCAUGCUGCUGAUCCUGGUGACACACUACGUGGCCUGCAUGUGGUUCUGGUUGGCUGACACGUCCGACGAGAGCAGGACUUGGAAGACCAGGUUUCUGGGUCCGGCCGACUCCCAGCCGUACGGCCAUUGCGACGGACCGCGAUGCAUUGGGCGAUCACUCAAUUCACGCCUGCAUCAAUGGAGGUGGUUCCGACAAACGUUAACGAGCGUCUUUUUACCUGCGUUGUGA